AUGAAGGGAGCCACAAGUUUCGAGAAUCUCAAAAACAAGAAUUUCGGAUUCCUAGCCAAUUGCGAGGUUGCAGAUGUAAAUAAUUUAUGGAAUAAGAAUUUCGAUGCGAUGGCAGAAGAUUUUGUACAUAGGGAAAUUACAGAGACAAAAUCAGGCAGUUCUUCACAAUCUAAAUAUCUACCAGAAUUGUCACCCGAAAUUAUUAUUGAAGUAUUACCAAAAAUACUUUUAGAAGAGUUAUCCUAUGAUGUUUUCUCAGAGGAUCUCGCAAAAUCAAAUACAUUAAAUGAAAUCAGCGUUUAUAUUUGA